UUUACUUUGACCAGGAAAGGAUGGAUUUUUACUCAAUUUAUAAUUUAAGCAAUGGAUUGGAUACAUUUUAUCUGUAGGAGAAAUCCUUUUUGAGGAUAAAGAUCUUCUUCUGGUAAUGGGUUUUGUUUGAUAGUGGGUAAAAAGGACGUGACGAGUAAAAGGACACUGCAAAGUAUGCAGGUUUUUUGUUAAUGAGUUUUGUGUUUGAUGGUUUCAUGGUGCCAUCAUUGCCAUGUGAAGAGCACAUAUGUGUUGCACUGGCACAUGGAUUCGGCAAUUCCAGAGCUUUGAGAUUGAGAAAUGAUAAUAGUUUUGGCCUUUUCAAGAGAAACUAAUAGCAGAUAAGAACAAAGAGUUUCAUGUUAAGAGUAAACAGAAAGCCCAGUUUUGUUUUUUCACAAGUAGGACAGAGCACCCCGAAUUCCGUGCAAGAAAUUACAUGAGGGCCGUCUCUCUCUCUCUCUUGUUUCUUUAAACAACCAGAUUCUUGGGUCUGCCUUGUUAUCCAGGUAUGGUAGUGUGCCUUCUGUAUCCAAUCUCCUCUCAUUCAAGAUGAUUACCUUUCUUUAAUAUAAGUUUGUUUCCUGUCAAAACAUUUGGCAGAAAAGUAUAUUUUUCAUUACCCCUUAAAUAUAGAUCUACUUGUUGCUCCUUAGCCAUUUAAGAAAGCUGUUUCUGAUCCCUGGAAAAAUGGGAAAAACAGCUGAGAGUCGAAUCUUUUCUUCACAGUAUUACUUCAAACUCUCAUUGCUUUGUGUUGCAGUCUUUGUUCCUUUUCUAAUCUUCAUUUGUUUCCUAACUCUUGGUUUCUCUCCUUUCCUUGUAACAACCUCUAUUUUGCUUGCAUCAACCAUUCUUAUUCUCACAUUCUCAAAGAUAAAGGUGAUCACCAUUGAGAAUCCAACCCAAGAUGAUGAAGUUUCCAUGUGCAGUCCUAAGGACUCACUUGUAAGGAAAGUUGAACGGAAGCUAAAUCCAGAACUGGAAGCUGUUACCCUGUGCAAUGCUGCCCAGCAAAGUGAAGUUAAUGACGACCGUGAGUAUCAAGUUGAAUCGAUAGAUUUCCCGUCAGCUAGUGAAAGUGGUGAUAAUUUCUCAGAAAGUGGCAAUUUUGAGCUCAAUUGGGUGUCUUUUAAUAAUGUGGGGAAAAAUGUAGCAGUCUCUGAAUGUUCAUUUUCUUCUGAUAAUGAUGAGGAUGAAGAUGAUAAUCUCAUUGAAAUCAGUUUUCCAGAUAAUAAUUCUGUUGAGUUGAAUGAAGAGCCAGAGGAAAAACUGCAGACAGAGUACUCACCUGAAUCCAUUUUCAGGCAAGAAGGUCUAAUGGAGCUAUUGGCAGAUAUUAAUGAGGUGAAUGAAGAAGAUAACUUGAUUGAGAUUGACCUCUCCAUGGGCUCAAUAAAGGGUCGAAGUCUAGAUAUUGAAGAAUAGGCCAGCCGAUCUUCAAAAGUUAUAUAUUUUUUUUUUCAUUCCGUAACUGAGGUUGAU